CCAUGUAGUCCUUAUUGCUCGUCAAAAGUGUCCGGUGAGAGCAGGCCCAGCUCAUUGUCAAAAUGGCGGUAGCUGUGUUUGUUAUGGGCCUAGGCCUCGUCGGAAAAGCAGUGAAUAAUCUAGUCCUGAUGUUGCUGAAUGUGAAAAAAACCAAGCGGCACAGCAAGAUCAUUUCGAAGGAGAUCGACUUGUUUGUGAAAACGUUGAACGAGAACAUCAAGCUCCUGAAAUUGAACCUGCCCGCCAGCGUGAGCAGACGAGCAUUAGAGUCUCAGUGACGAAGCUGUUAGACGCGACUGCGUUUGUGCAGUCCCGCCAACGUCAGGGCUUUUUCAAAACCCUUUGGAUGCACACGAGACUAAGCAGGAGUUAGAGAUGCUACGUCGGAAUCUCGACUCUUCAUUUCAAAUGGCUCUUUUCAUCACCACUCUGGAUGUUGCUGUGGACGGGCAUAGUAAAAUGGAAGACUUUCAGAUGAAGAUGCUGGAAAUUCACUGAACUCAUGCAUCGAGUUCGGAAACUGCAAGGAGUGAGAUCCGAGAUAUACUCGUACCCCUUCUAGAAGGAGUACCGAAAAAGAAAAAGUUGCAGUCAGUAAUCUCUGUUGUUCAAAAUAUGCAUCAAACUGCGGACACGGAGAAGUUCUUCGCCGAUGUUCUAGCCAACCUCGAUCCAGUUGCACCUAUGGAGGAUGCUGAGCAGUCUACUGUUACAAUUGCAGAUGAUGACGAAGAUAUCAACGAUCCCAUCACUUGUGAGCUGAUGUGCAACCCAGUUAAAGGAACAGACGGCCGCACGUACGAUCGCUGGACCAUCAUCGACAACGAUUUGACUAUGAGUCCCUUUGAUCAGAGCAAACGCAAGCCUUUCCGAAUAGAGUGUGAUGACAUCAAUGUCCGUGGACGUCUAUUCAAAAGGUAUCCCGAGGCAGAAGUUUUGUUUCGUCAACAUCGUCACGAUUACAGGAAAGGGUCUAUGAAGCUGGCCAGAGAAGGCCACGAUGCCGAGGCUCUGGUGAUGUUAGAGAACGUUCUCAAGUGGGCCGAUGACGAUUCCGAGUGUUUAGAGCUUCGAGAUUCGAUCUUGAAAAGGAAAUCCCAGCAGGACUUUGCAACUGGAAUUAACAUCCAGGUGCGGGAGACCAGUCGCUCACUCCCUUCUACGCAAAGCAGCCCAACUCUGCUUUCAAGAUCGAUCACCCUUUCGAGAGAUCACAAGUUUCACAUUGAAGAACAUAUUCAAAGAGAAAGGUCAUUUGGUCCUACAAGCCCAACUCUCCCUUCUAGCCCAAGCUGGAGAGAUAGUACUGAUCUGAGUUACACACACUAUGUUUUCCCGAGAGAUAUUCCUGAUCUGAGUUACACACAAAAUGAAUAUCCGAAGAGAAGGCAACAUUUAAAUAGUCGCCCACGGACACAUGCAGGGCAGCGAUGCACUCUAAUCUAAAAUGUAUGGCUUGGAUGAACAAUA